AUGGCAGAUACUAAAGACACCAAACAAGAUUUCCGUCUCGCGGGUCUAGCAAACGAUGGCUGGUCGACUGAAGAUGAAGCAACAGCAACCUGUUUCUGCGGCGCCGUGCAACUCGCAUUCCCCACCAAAGCACCAGGUCUCGUAAACACAUUCGUCUGCAACUGCAACGACUGCCACAAAAUCACCGCCUCAAUGUACGCGUCCAACUUCACCAUCAGGGACACGCAUCUCCGCCACCUCCGCGGCCAGGAGAAUCUUAAGCAGUUCGGACAGGAGAAGACGAUUGGCAGCGGAAAGAAAAUGACAAAUUUCUUCUGCAACACGUGUGGGAGUUUGAUGUAUAGAGUUGGAGAGGCGUUUCCGGGAAUGAGUAUUUUGAGGAUUGGGACUGUGGAUGAUUUCAGACUGAUGGAGACGAAGUUGAAGCCGCAGGUUGUACAGUACGUGGAGCAGAGGACGAGUUGGGUGGAGGGGGUUGAGGGCGUGAGGGAGGUUGUGGGGAUUGCUAUUUAA